UCACUUGCAGCGAGACAGCGCUGCGAUCAGGAUGCAAAGAGGCAAACGUGAUCCUCAGACGUAGCAAGAGAGGGGCUUGGGGGGCUGAGAGCUGAUGGCAGAGCGCAGGAUGCUGGAGAAAAUUCAGAAGAUCCUGACGGUCCGCAACGAGCUCGUCCGGGAGGCACUGGCCGAGGCGCUGGGCACCUUUCUUCUGAUGCUCCUUGGCUUAGGGUCCAUUGCCCAGGUGAAUCUAGGAGGAGGAAAGUUUGGGGAAUACCUGAGCAUCAACCUGUCAUUCGGACUGGGCGUCGCUUUGGGCAUCCAUGCAGCUGGCGGGAUCUCAGGAGCUCACAUGAAUGCCUCCAUUACCUUCACCUACUGCCUCCUGGGGAAGCUGCCCUGGAAGAAGCUCCCGGCCUACGUGGUGGGCCAGUUCCUGGGGUCCUUCGUGGCAGCAGCCACGAUCUUCGGCUUGUAUUACGAUGCACUUUACCUUUACACUGGAGGGAACUUCACCGUGACGGGACCCAAUGCCACGGCCGGGUUCUUCGCCACCUACCCAGCCCCGUAUAUGUCCCUGACGGGGGCAUUUUUCAACGAGUUUACUGGCACGGCAGUGCUGCUUUUGGGCAUACUGAUCAUCCACGACGAGAAGAAUAAUCCAGCCUUAAAGGGAACCCAGGCAGUGGUCACGGGGCUCCUGGUCUUUGUGAUCGGCAUGUCAAUGGGAAUCAACACAGGAUAUGCCAUCAACCCCUCGAGAGACCUGCCUCCCCGGAUCUUCACUGCCAUUGCCGGCUGGGGACUGGAGGUCUUCAGGGCUGGAAAUCACUGGUGGUGGGUCCCGAUCGUAGCGCCGACAUUGGGAAGUCUGUUUGGUGUUUUAGUCCACAAACUCUUCAUUGACCUCCAUAAUCAGACGGCUACAGACAGUGGAAACGAGAAAGAGAAGUACACUUUGGAGAGUGCUCGGAUGUGACAUCCAGCUGUUUCCCAGAACUACGCCUGAAAGCAAAGCUCUAGACAAGGCGUGUUGCACGCGUGCACUUACACUGAUCGUCACUGACUGGCUCUUGAGACACCCGCUGGCAAUAAAUGCACCUUUAAUUUAUUCAUCCCCCACUUCUGGCAGGUGUGAGGAUGGAGGCUAGGUUUGAAUAAAUCUUUGCAACUCGAUCAGACUAGCUGGGAUUUCUAAUGGGUCACAUUAUUCUCAAGAGGGCCGAAUGUGGCUCUGCCCUAAAUAAGUUAUUCAAUGGGAUCUAAAGUUUAUUAACUAUUUUUUUCUCUACGGAAAUAACACAUAUACAUCCAUUGCACUGGUGAAAAACCCUGCACAGCUUAAAUGAUUCCAGGCACGUAAUUCUGUCGCAUCCCAGAUGUGAGAUGCAAUAGGGAGGUGUGGAUUAAGCUCACCAUAUGCUCUUAUUCAAGGCAAGGUCAGUGCUUCCCCAUGGGGUGACAGCACCUUGAACAAAGACGUUUUGAUUGUGAAUGUUGCUUGGUAAUACAGCAAGGCCUGAAUCCCAGAGCCUGGCUCCUUAUUCAGUCUUCAGACUGGCAGGGGGAUGGGGGUCAGUCCAGUUGAUUUAGUGUGGCCCUGCCUUUAGUGGGUAACCUCCCACUUAUAACGAGGCUAUCUGGUUUGGCAGGAUGGAGGGAGGAGUAGCCUGUUCUUGGUAAGGCUUUCAGUG